AUCGCACGAUUUGUUAAGUGCUCGCGUUGCCUGUUAGUUUCUUCUACGCAUCUUGCGGACGAUUGUUGUCGCUUGCACGCGGAGUCGGGUUAUUUCUUUAUCUCAUUAUGCGUCAGAAAGUUGAAUGUUUCUUUUUUGCGUGAAAUUUCUCGAUAAACGAGCAAUGUAUCAUCGCGUGGUCGCGCUACUGUCAAAGGGAUAUACGAUCGCGGUUCAGCGGUAUCCGCCACCCUCUUUCCGCGUGAAAUUCAUUUCGUGCCCCCCCCCCCUGUUUCUGUUUCGAUGGAGAACAUUUUCUUCCAUUCGGCAAACGUUUAAGCACGAGCUUUCGUAUUUUUCCAACCGUGUCGUAUAGCCGAAGCGAAGCGUGAAUAGGAUCGGUAACGGAACGAUCGGAAAACAAGGAAAUAAUUCUGCUCCGCAACGGCGGCGUGUCCGAACGAAAUAUUCGUGCGGACGAACGGACGAACGUUCAAUUUCCAAGGAAGCCAUAACGACGAUUAGUGCAAUGACGAUUUCGCAUUUUGACCGCGGCACGAUUCAGCAGGCGCGAUGCGCGAGAGAUGAGAAGAGAAGAGUCAGCAGAGGGAGGGGCGAUUCCGACAAACGGUGCCGGACUUCGGAGUAGUUGUUAAUGUAGUAUAUGUGUGACAACGGGAUUGACAACAUGGAUACGUCUGACUUGGGAGGAGGCAUAAAUUGUACACCACCGGCGAUAGAAGACUUUCCACAUGAUAUUUUCAACGAGAAGCAGAGGCAGGACGGAGCCGUGGUGGUACACGUGGUCGUUUCCCUUUACCUGUUCAUUGCGUUAGCGGUAGUGUGCGAUAAAUUUUUUGUACCCGCCGUGGAAAAGAUAUGUCACGCCCUCUCGAUGUCGAAGGAUGUCGCGGGCGCUACCUUCAUGGCUGCGGCUACAUCGGCACCGGAACUUUUCGUCAACGCGAUCGGCACGUUCAUCACCGAAGGUGACAUCGGUGUUGGAACAAUAGUAGGCUCGGCUGUAUUCAAUAUUCUCGCGGUACCGGCAUGCUGCGGUAUCGGUGCUGGAAUGGUAGUUCCAUUGGACUGGUGGCCGGUCAGCAGAGAUUGUCUAGCGUACGGCGUUACGGUCGCCAUUCUGAUAUGUAUUAUACACGACGAGCGAGUGGAAUGGUACGAAGCGUUAACGCUAGUCUUACUGUACAUCGUUUACAUCGCCGUCAUGUACUGGGACAAAUCGUUUCAGCGAUGCACGCGAUUCCGUGCGCACAACGCUGAUCAGUCCCUGUCGGAUGAUCAUCGAGUCGCCGGUACAGAGGGUAGCACAGAGAUUCGCUUAGCUGGUUCUGAUAAGGUGCAAUCGAUCGGCGAUCAAGCUGAACACAUAGACGUGCCGUUGCAAAACGGAGGAACGAAAACUCAAGAAGAGAACCCCGAGCCUAAUUACGAGUACGAGCUGCUGGUCUGGCCGGCACGAGCUGGAUGGAUAAGAAAAACAGCCUGGAUUUUGACCUGGCCGAUUCAUUUGAUUUUCAUGUGCACCAUACCGGACUGCGAGAAGCCUCGAUUCAAGAAUUGGUUUCCGGUCACGUUUCUCAUGUGCAUCAUUUGGAUUGGAUCUUUGAGCUACGUUGUCGCAUGGAUGAUCACUAUAAUCGGUGACACUCUGAAGAUACCGGACUCCGUGAUGGGUAUCACUUUUCUCGCGGCUGGUACCAGCGUUCCAGAGGCUGUGUCGAGCGUAAUAGUGGCGAAACAAGGACACGGUUCGAUGGGUAUCAGCAACUCGAUAGGAUCGAACACGUUCGAUAUAUUGUUGUGCCUUGGUCUGCCGUGGCUAAUUAAAUCAUCGUUCUCACCUACGCAACCUGGAAAACAUUACAUCAGUAUAAACUCUGGCGGGCUCGAGUACAGCGCUAUAUCGUUAUUGUCGACAUUGAUGUUGCUUUAUAUUGCUUUCGCUUCGAACAAGUUUCAGCUCGAUAGAAAAGUAGGGCGAGCCUGUUUAUGUAUGUACGCGGUAUUUCUGAUAUUAGCAUCGUUGAUAGAACUGAAUGUAUUCUUCAGGGUGAAUUUACCCACGUGCCAGAGGACGGUCAAGUGAUACGGUCAAGAAAGUAGAGUCGCUUAAUGAUAUUCCACACGGUUUUUAAUCGAGUCCUCUCGUACGUUACCUAUGGAAACUUACGAGCAACACGGUGAACCGAACAAUGCUGUUUUAUAUUAUGCGAAACUACUUUAUCUCUCGUCUCGCUUCUACCAGACUCUUUUCACCCCCAUUAUUCGACCGUUAUUUCCUCCCCGCGCGAACCAACCGACCAGGAACAAUUCAUAUUUCUUUCUAUCUACUCGGAACCAUAUACCUUUUAACUCUUCUCUUCUCCCCUCUCUUAUUUCUUUUUUUCACUUUGGUACCGUCUCUUUAGUCCUUUCUCCGCGUACGAGCCUACUUUCUACGUUACGAUCGAUUCUAAACUUUCUCGUUCAUACCAUUUCCAUCUGUCGAAUAUUUUCUAUUGCGCUAUCGUCUAACUAUCAACGAUUAAGAAACAUGAGUAUUAAAAGAUGCAACAAAGAACACCAGGAAGAAAAAGAAGAAAAAAAGAAGGAGAAGAAGAAUUGUUCGUAAGAUCGAAGAGGAAGAAGAAAGCUGAGAAAGAAGUGAAGGAGAUAGAAGAGGAGGAGGAAGAAGAAGAAGAAGAAGAAGAAGAAGAAGAAGGAGAAGAAGAAGAAAAGAGAAGAGGAGAUGUUUGUACUCUGGUAAAUGGUAAAGACACUCGUUAUCGCAUGAUAUUUUCUCGUGCGUAUACGCAUUUCGAAAGUAUGACGCGGUCGUGACAAAGAGAUAAACAUUUGUUGUGUUUAAUUAGUUUUGGGUGACACAUCGACGAAACAAUAGAUAAACAAUUGUAACGAAAGAAGACGAAAGAUGGUAGGGGAAAGAAAA